UGCUCGGCUCCACUCCAUAGCAAAUUUUCAAACGUCGACCAACUUGUUGAACAUAUCGAAGUGAAUAGAAUAUUCGGAGCGACAAGUUUCACGUUUUAUAACUUUAGUAUGAGCGACGCGGUGUCGAAAGUCCUGAAAUAUUACAUGGACCAAGGUCUUGUUGAUUUGAUUCAGUGGCGCGUCCCCCUUGAGAAAGUCUAUCCGCCCAAGGUCGACGGCAAAGAGGAUAUCUGGUAUUUCGGGCAGCUAGCUGCGCUGAAUGACUGCCUCUACCGAAACUCCCAAAAGGUGAAGUAUCUGGUAGCGUCGGACUUGGAUGAAUUUGCUGUCCCGCACCGGAACAGAAGCUGGGGAGCUCUUCUGAGUAGCUUCAAAGGACAUGAUAGCAUUUUUACAUUUCUUAAUGUGUUUUAUCCUACGGACUUGCCAGAUGACGCCUUGACCAAACGGAUUGACGUUUUGGUUAAGGAAUUAAACAUCAAGACAUUAUUAAAUUUCCGGCGGACUGCUUACGUGUGGUCAAUAGGCGAUAGAUCGAAAAACAUAGUUGAGAUUCGCGCCAUUGUUACUCUCGGGAUCCAUAACGUUUGGGAAAAGAUUCGCGGGAAAACGAGGCGGGUUCUCACGCCCUCUGAAGGUCUCCUUCAUCACUACAGGAGCGAUGUUGGAUCUCUUAAUCAAGGAAGGCAAACGCACGCAAAGAUAAAUUUGAAUGCUGAUGAUAAUCUCAUUGUUGAUAGAUACAUCAACCCGCUCAGGGGAGAAAUUAUUCUCAAUAUGAGACGCGCCAAGAAAGAUCUCGGGCUGUUUGAGGACCUGGGGGCAUGAAGUGCAGUCGGAUAAAUUUGGAUGGUGAUUAUCAAGUAUUGACAGAGCCGCUCAGGAUUAAAAUUUUCAUUUUUUAUGUAAGGCGCGCCCA